AUGCUCCCAGUUAUUCAAGCGGAAGUUCUCGGUCAAGAAGGAAAGCGAAGGAAAGCUAACAUCUUAUUGCACUAUGGCGCACAAGUAAGCCUGAUUCGAAACUCGGUUGCCAAAGAUUUAAGGUUGAAAUGAAAGGAUGCGGAUGUAACCAUCACUAAAGUCGGAGGUGAAGAAGAGGAGAUCCAUACAAGUUAUACAAAGUUAGUUUACUGUCACUCGAGAACAAUAGUGUUCAUCAUAUUACUGCUAUUGGAAUACCGUCCAUUAGUGACAAUGUCGCCUCAGUUGAUGUUGGUAAAGUCAGUGAGAAACUGGGUCUCGAAGGAAGAAAGAUUGUUCGAGGAAACGGUCCAAUAGACAUACUUAUUGGAAUUAAUCAUGCCAAGAUGCAUACCGGUGAGACAAAGGAAGCUGAAAAUCUAGUCGCUCGUCGGUCACCCCUCGGUUGAGUCGUGUUCGGUGGAACAAGUGGAUAUCAAAGAAGAGUUAACAAAGUGUUGCACGUCCAGCUGACAAAUCCAGUAGACAUGACAGACUUCUGGAUAACGGAAGCAAUGGGUGUUACUACGAAGUCAUGUAAGUGCAAUCCCGAAAAGGUUAGUCCAAUCGAACUACGCGAAAAGAAGAUCAUUGAGGAUUCGUGUGAAAGAGUUGGAAAUCAGUUGAUGGUUUCAUAUCGGUGGAAAAAGGACGAAAACUUGCUACCAGACAACCGAAUUCGAAGCCAGGCACUCAAGAAACUAGAAGCCACCAAACGCAUCCUUAUGAAAGAUCUCGCCAGCGCCAAAGAGUAUAACAAGCAGAUAACCGAAAUGACUGAGUUGAACUUUGCUAGAAAGUUAUCGAAGGAAGAAAUAACAAACAACAAAGGUCCAGUACAUUACAUCGCUCAUCACGAGGUAGUAAGACCGGAGAAGAAAAGUACACCCGUUCGUAUCGUGUUUAACUCGUCAGCUAGUUACCAAGGACACAAGCUCAAUGAUUACUGGUUCAAAGGACCGGACUUGCUAAAUAACUUAUUCGGUGUUGUGUUAAGAUUCAGAGAAAACGAAGUUGCAAUCAGUGGAGACAUUUCUAAAGUGUAUCAUCGAGUGUUGAUUCCUAAAGAAGACCAAGACGUACAUCGGUUUCUAUGGAGGAACCUAGAAACGGACAGAGAACCUGACGUCUACGCGAAGACCGUACUUACAUUCGGCGACAAGCCAGCACCGGCUAUGGCUCAGAUUGCACUCCGUAAAACAGCAGAAGAAGCAAGAGAAACCAAUCCGGAAGCCGCAAAAACCCUUCUCGAGAAUAGCUACGUCGAUGACAUCUGCGAUUCCGUGCCAAACGUUGAGAAAGCACAGCAACUCACUACUGACGUAGAUAAAGUAUUGGCUUCAGGAGGCUUCAAAGUUAAAGGCUGGACAUCAAAUCAUGUUCUUAAUGAAGAUAACUCGAAUCAAGACGGAAGCAGUUCGACCGGAAUGACAUUACUUACAAACGAGACCGCUGAAAAGGUCCUGGGACUUGUUUGGGAUCAUUUGAAGGAUGUUUUCACAUUCAAAGUUAAUGUUGAACUUUUGAAUUCUGAACAAGCCGCUGAACAGAAAAUCCAAGGAAAACGGAUAACGAAACGAAUGAUCUUGAGUCAAAUAGCUCGCAUAUUUGGUCCACUCGGUUUUGCCGCUGCCUUUAUUGUUAAAGCCAAGAUUGGAAUGCAACAUCUUUGGCAGAAAGGAGUAGAUUGGGACGAACAGUUGCCAGUAGAUGCGCACAACAAGUGGAUGGAGUUGUUCGCACAAAUGAAAGAUGUCUGACUCCUCCCAACGCAUUUGGAAACCCAGUUCUGUGUAUAUUCUCGGAUGCAUCUAUCCAAGCAUUUGGAACUUGUGCUUACAGUAGAUGGCCUCUCAGGGACGGCACGUUUGGUGUUACGUUUAUCGCAGCGAAAUCAAGAGUAGCACCUUUGAAACAGCGUACAAUUCCACGACUGGAGUUGCAGGCAGCAGUAUUGGCUACACGUCUAGGGAAAACCAUCGCAGAAGAAUCCUGAUUCCAAUUUGAGAAAGUCGUAUAUUUUCUGGAUAGCAUGAUUGUGUUGGCAUGGAUUCGCUCGCAAGCUAGAUCAUUCAAAACAUUCGUGUCGACCAGAAUAGGAGAAAUUCAAAGCAAUUCUGAUCCACUCCAAUGGAAGCAUAUCCCCGGAGAAGUGAAUGUAGCAGAUGACUUAUCUAGAGGCAUAUCAGUGGAUUCAGUGCAAGAUUUAACUCGAAGAUGGAAAUCCGGACCCGAUUUUCUUAGCCCCCAGAAGAACAAUGGCCUGAAACCAUUUCAGCUGCAGUAGAAGAGAAAGAAGUAAACACGGAACGUCGUAAAACACCAGUUGUUUGCACCGUAAGCACGACGAAAGAAGCGAUAUGUUGUACGAACUUUUCAAGUUGGCGAAAACUAGUAAGAGUAACUGCUCGAAUACAGAAACUCGGAGCAAAAGUACGAAGCAAGCGAGAAGGAAGUAACGCAACCAUCGAAACAGAAAAUGACGGAACUCUCACCCCAAAUGACCUGUACAAGGCCGAAGUGUAUUGGAUCAAACAAGCGCAGAAAGGUAUUCACAGCCGAAUAAAGAAUGGCGAAUUGAAGCA